AUGGGGGACGUUGCGCUCGUUGUUGGCGCCGGUAGCAACCUUGGCUACCAAGUCCUCAAGAAACUUACUGAAAUCUACAAUGGUAAAAUAUACUUCACUACAGAAGAUGAAACUGCUGGUUGUAACAUCCUCAAGAAUCUCGAAAGAAAUGGAGCCGACCUACAUUUUGUGCAAAUGGAUAUAACUUACACGAAGAGUAUCAUAAAAUUGAGACAUUAUAUUCAAGAUUUUGAUGAAAGAAUAGAGUUGAUCCUUAAUGUCACAGAUUAUAUGCCAGAUACGAAGAAAAUAUCGCACGCAGAAAAAGUCAGAAGAACGCUUAGUGUUAAUUUUUACGGAUUUAUAAAUUUUGGCAAACUCAUUUAUCCACUGCUUGUUGAAAAUGCUAGAGUCAUCAAUGUAUCUGGGCCUGCUGGUCUUCUAGCGACGAUAGAUAACGAAGAAAUACGGAGAAGAAUUAGUGAUUCAAAUUUAAGAGAAGAUGAAUUAGUAGCUAUAAUACAGGAAUAUGAAGAUGCUGUUAGACGAGGGACAGAGAGGACUGAAGGUUGGGGAAAGAGUGUUCAAGCUGUAAGUAAGGUUGCUCUGAACGCUGUGACAUUUCUACAACACCGAGAAUGGGCAGAGAAUGGUGUAGUCAUAAACUGUGUAAAUCCAGGUAACUUAACUAGUAAAGAGAGCAGAAAAUCGGCAAAAAUUUUCGAAGAAGGAGCAAAAGCGAUUCUUUACUUAGCGUUUGAGGCUCCACUUACCCUGAAAGGUCACUUUGUGUGGAGCAAUUAUUCGGUGAUUGAAUGGAAUUCCGAUCCGUUUAUCGAAGUGACGACAGUAUAA